AAGCUGCUCCACGUCUGCUAGCAGAUAAACCAGCAAAAUGCAAUUCACUCUUUUGACAAAACUCGUCCUCCUGGCUGUCGCUGCUUCCUCUGUCGCAAUGCCGAUUGGCGAAAUCAAGCUUGAAGCGCGCAAGCCUCAACACAAACCGUCUCCUCUCCGGGUCGGUGCUUCUUCCUCAUGAAGAGUCAGACGCCCAAUGCCUGGCGCAACUAAGUGGUACCAUUGACCACCAAUACCCCCUGGCCGAAAAGAAAUGGGCAACCAACGGAAAUCCGCAUCGUAGUCUUGUUCAAUGUAUCGCCGAUUGGGUUCGCAUUGUAGUCUGGUGUUGUUGUAAUGUACCUGUACAUCGGGAAGCAUGGAUUAUCACCUCAAA